GUCCAGUACAAUUCGCAGCCGAGGAAGGUGUGGCGUGAGAGCGAUGUGCAUGUUGGCACCUUGGAGCGGCAAUUUCACAGGGCUUUAUGAUCUCCAAAUUGCUCUCCUCUGCCUAUAAAUACGCUCCAGGGUUUGCUCCCAUUCUCCUCGCAAAACCCACACACACAUAAACUCGAUCGACGACCGGCACUUCCACGGACUUUUUGUCAGCUAGCCAUGGCUUCCUCGAGGGCGGUUGCGAUCGUCUUCUUGUUUCUGGUCCUGGCCGCGGCGUCACCCUCGCCCCUCGUGCGAGCCAGAAUGGUGCCGGCGGAUGGCGAAGGAGUACUGCCCGCCGGAGAUACCGCGGCGCCGGAGGUUACCGGCUCAGUGGGAACAGUGUCGUCGUCUCUGCAAGAAGCGCUCGUUCAGAGGCCCCCGCUGCCGCUGCCGCUGGUGAUGUCGCCGCCGACGAUGGCCGUCUUCGCGCAGCGCAGCAGUAGGGUGCUCGGAUCGGUGCCGAGCCCGGGCGUUGGCCACUAGCCCGUGUUCUUUCGUGCAUAUAUAUAUUUAGCUUCGUGAUUCGUGAGAGCUUGAUUUCCACAGCUAACUACGUUUGUGGAGCUUGUAACGUGAGGGUCGCUGUUCUGAUUACAAGGUUGAUUAACGGAUUAUUAAGUUGAAUCUUCUUAUUA